CCCUCUCUCUCUCUGUCUUUCCCUGCCGGCUGGGUGCUGAAGUUGGGCGGAUGGCAGCAAACCAGCUCCGCUAGGGACCAGCUGCACCAGCCUUUUCCCCGGGAUCGUUCAGUGCCAAGCACACACCACCAGGCGGGGGUGGCCACAGGGGUGCUGAAGUAGCUGAAAUGAGAAAAAGGCAACAGUCCCAAAAUGAAGGAACAUCAGCUGUGUCUCAAGCUCCUGGAAACCAAAGGGCCAACAACACGUGUUGCUUCUGCUGGUGCUGUUGUUGCAGCUGCUCAUGCCUCACUGUUAGGAAUGAAGAUAGAGGGGACAGCACAAGAAGACCGACACACACUAGCAAACUGGAGAGCAUCCAGGUCAUUGAAGAGUGCCAAAAUCCCACCGCUGAAGAAAUUCUGUCUUGGGCUCAAAAUUUUGACAAGAUGAUGAAAACACCAGCCGGCAGGAAUAUUUUCAGAGAAUUCCUUCGAACAGAGUAUAGUGAAGAGAACCUGCUCUUCUGGUUAGCAUGUGAAGACCUGAAAAAAGAACAGAACAAGGAAGUUAUUGAAGAAAAAGCCAGACUUAUAUACGAAGACUACAUCUCUAUACUAUCGCCAAAAGAGGUUAGCCUAGACUCACGGGUGCGAGAAGUCAUCAACAGAAAUCUGUUGGACCCCAAUCCUCAUAUGUAUGAAGAUGCUCAACUUCAAAUCUACACAUUAAUGCACAGAGACUCUUUCCCUAGGUUUUUGAACUCUCAGAUCUAUAAAUCUCUUCUUGAAAGUACAAUGAGCUCUACUUCUGAGACUUAGAAAUAAUUUAGGGGGCUGAAAUCUUGAUUUAGCUUUUGGGGGAUGGGUGGGGGAAGGACUAUUAGGAUGAAGACAGAAGUAACAUUUUUAAAGCAACGGGGCUGCUCUGGAAGCACCUUCACUGCAUUUAGUCCAAAAUGUACCUUUCCUCUCCAGGGUCGAGCUCUGGAAAAACCGGUCCUGCCCCUUUGGAGCAGAAGCCGGCUGUGCAUGGUGCUGAUUUGCUGAGCCCCCCACCCCCAUGAUGUCACCAAGAAACCUCCCCUGCAAUAGCUGGAACAAUUUUGCACUUUAAGAAGAGUUUCCUUUUUAAAUGAAGAAGGCAGUAAAUGAAUAGAUAAACGGCCAAGUGUUCAUCCGUCCUUUUGUUUUGGGGUGGACAGGGAAACAAUGGGGUAGGGAGAGAGAUAAGACUGGAAACCAUGCCAGUUUUCAGUUCAUUGGUCUUGAUGGCUGCCAUUUCAGCUGCGGAUUCUGAUGGGAAGCUGGGCUCAUCCAGAGCUGAGGGAUGCACUGAGAGCUCUCUUUUUAUAUUACAUCUGUCUUCACCUUAGUAGUUCAAUAACAUCUGGAACUGAGUUCCUGGAGAACUACAGUUUGGCACUACUCAGGCUACUGUGAAGCAAACAAAUACACGCAAUGGUCUUUGUCUACAUUUAUCAAGGUCUUUCAUUCUUGAUUUUGGAAGGGAAAGAAGGUAGAUUUGCCAAAUCACACUUAUUCACACACUUUUACACCUGCAGUUAAGAUUACAAUGAUGUUCUUGUCGUUUUAAUGAAGAGUUUCCUUGUGUAUCCUCACACUGCAUGUGCAAAGCAAAACUGCUUCACUUUAUCACUUAGUUGUUGCAAUAUUUAAUCCAACAACAUAAAUUAUAUCUAUAUUUAAGAACGUUGUGUGCAAUAUGGUCUUAUGGCACACACACAGGGAUUAUUGGAGCGAACCAGAGAACACUCUGGCUUUUUAAAAAGAGAGACACAGUAUAAAUGCUCAUACGGACAACAAUUAGUCCUAAAGUUUAGCAAUGCUAUUCCCCACGUUCUGUGGAGGAAAAUCCAUUGCUAUGUAAGACAGACAAACAUUUCUAUACAAGAAAGAGAGCAAGAAGUGUAUGUUAUUUAUCAUCAUUUAUUUAAAAUUCAAAACAGAGGACUCCUCUGGUUAUUGACUGCCAGAAUUGUGGUAUUUUCAUUACAGAAAUGUCAAAACUAACAACAAACAUCAAAGCACAAACUACAUGAAAGAAAUCAAAUGGAGAGACAGUCUACAAGCUGACAUUGUUUAUAAUUGUUAUAAGAACAGAUAAUCAAUGUACAUUUCAGAUGUCAGAUACUGUAAUGGAUUUAUUAAAGACUGGCUAUCCAGUUAUCUAAAAUUGUUGUGUAAUGUUAUGUAAUUCAGCAAAAGAAAAGAAACAAAACAAAAAAUCUUCCAUACACAGAAUCAAGGCUAAAAAAAUUAUGUUUUUAAUUUAAAAGGUGAAUUUUUAAAAAUGCAUAAAUGUAGCAUUUUGGUCAACAUUGAAGACUAGCAUUUGUCUAUACAUUCAUUUUUCUUGAAGUUCUAUCCUGUGAAAGGGAAAAUUUGUGCAUUUUUCACAAACUGAAACACAAUUUUUAAAGGAAAGGCUAAGGAAUAAUAUCUUCCGGCCCUCCUAAUUUUAAAGGGUUCAUUUAUGGGCCAAAGUUGUGGAGAUUUAGUGAAUGUUAAAUUCAAACCUACAGUACCGGCCCAAAAAUAGUGGCAAGAGGUGUUCUUUUUUCUUUUUCAAAUAAAAAACCCCAUAUUUCUAAGUAUAGUAAAAAGGAAGAUAAUAUGUGGUCCUCUGCUUACCUUAAGUUUAAUUAACCAGGGGCAAUCUUUUGCACAAGCCAUCCUAGAAGGAAUGCAGGUUUGGCUUAAAGCUAUUUUUCUCUUGUGGAACUCCCAUUUAUUGCCAACGGGCAAUUGAAAAGUCCCCUGAAUUGAAAGGGAUCCCCUCCUUUGCCACCGGUUCAGUUUUGUAGGUAGCUACCUAAUGUUUUUUUUA